AUGUCUACAGGGAAUUUGAAGUACUGCCUCGUGAUUCUUAAUCAGCCUUUGGACAGCUGUUUCCGCCUUCUCUGGAGUAAAGCUGUUUUAAAAGCCUGUGCUGACGGAGGUGCCAACCGCCUGUAUGAUGUCACCCAAGGAGAGCGGGAAAGCUUUUUGCCAGAGUUCAUCAAUGGAGACUUUGACUCUAUCAGGCCUGAAGUCAGAGCGUUCUACACCGAUAAGGGCUGUGAUCUCAUUUCAACUCCUGACCAAGACAACACCGAUUUCACCAAGUGCCUCCAAGUGCUACAGGGGAGGAUCAUAAAGAGCGGCCACCAGGUGGACAUGAUCGUGACUCUGGGCGGGCUGGCCAGCCGCUUUGACCAGAUCAUGGCAUCGGUGAACACCCUGUUUCAAGCCAGCAGGAUCACCCCUCUGCCAGUCACUAUCAUCCAAGAGGAGUCCCUCGUCUGCCUGCUGCAGCCGGGCAGACACAGACUACACGUGGACACGGGACUGGAAGGGGACUGGUGUGGCCUUAUUCCCAUUGGAGAACCCUGCAGCCAAGUGACCACGACAGGCCUCAAGUGGAACCUCACCAAUGACCUGCUUGGUUUCGGGACUCUGGUCAGCACAUCCAACGCCUAUGACGGGUCCGGAGUGGUGACUGUAGACACGGACCGGCCUCUCCUCUGGACCAUGGCCAUCCGACAGUAG